CAAGGGCCGGGGAAGUGUGAAUGAUGCCAAGCCUCCCUUCCCCACUGCGCGCCCUGGGGGCCGGCGCCCCACGCUCAGAACAGCCCCGCGCUGCAACUUUUUGUACAGAAGCCAGCAGGCACAAGGACCUGUUACUUGCUUUUUCGUGGCCCGCCUCGGCGCUUCAACUGAGUCAUCCCGUUGCCCGUGGCUUCUGGGUACCCGGGGGUUUUCUGCAGCGUGCUGCAUUCUUCUCGACUUAAUUUGUCAAUGGCCUCUUUCCUGCUAAUGCAGACGGCGGAGUCCGACCGCCCACCCCCACCCCCAAGACACUUGUCGAGAGCCGUUCGCGAAGGCUUAACUAUGCAUACGUCUUCCGACUGAUUGUUUUCCUUCGUUGAAUCUGAUUUUUUUUUUUCCUUGUAGGCCUCUGCUGCAGACAUGGAGAAAAUAAGGGUGCGAAAUUCCUGGGUGCCAGCCCGCCUGUGGCAACCCCGAAUUCUUCAGGGCAGGCUGGCCAAGUCCUCACCCACCCUCUGGGACAGUAGUUUGCCCGAACAGAAGGGAGAGUUACGGAAGCGUCUCUCCUACACCACCCACAAACUGGAGAUGCUGGAGAGCGAGUUUGACUCGACCCGCCAUUACCUUGAAAUCGAACUGAGACGUGCUCAGGAGGAACUGGAGAAAGUAACGGAAAAACUGAGGAGGAUACAGAACAACUACUUGACCCUGCAGAGAAUUAAUCAGGAUCUGGAGGAGAAGCUCUAUCGCAUGGGCCAGCAUUACGAGGAGGAGAAAAGGGCCCUCAGCCACGAGAUCAUUGCCCUCAACAACCACCUGAUAGAAGCCAAGGUGACCAUAGAUAAGUUGUCCGAAGACAACGAGCUCUAUAGGAAGGACUGCAAUCUAGCCGUUCAGCUGCUUCAGGGCAGCAAGACAUACAGCAGGGCCCAUAAACUUUCUGAGCUUCCGACCGACUUCCAGGAGCGGGUCAGCCUCCACCUGGAGAAGCACGGCUGCAGCCUGUCUGCCCCAAUGUGCCACCCAUCCUUCGCCGACAACAUCCCCACCUGUGUCAUCGCCAAGGUGCUAGAAAAGCCUGAUCCCGAGAGCCUGUCCUCGCACCUGUCGUCGGCCGCCUCGACCAGAGAACCCGCCUGCCGGGGCUCGGCGGAGAGGCUGGGCCCCGGGCCCCAGUUCAAGGCGGACGUGUACUGCAGCGACACGGCCCUGUACUGUCCUGAGGAGAGGCGGCGUUGGCAGCGAGAGAGGCGGCCCAGUGCAGACACGCCGGGCCGGGAGGCCGGAUUCCCGCGCUCCCAGAACUCCACCGACAGCACGGCCGAGGAGGACGGCUUCCACUCCAGCUUCUCCCCCGAAGCCUUCCCCGCCUAUGUGGCCUCACUGCCCACAUCCAGCUCUUACUCCAGCUUCAGCGUCACAUCAGAGGAGAAGGAGGCCGCCCAGGCCAGCACCCUGACCGCUUCCCAGCAGGCCAUCUAUCUGGCCAGCCGGGACGAGAUCUUCGAGCGGCAGGCGGCCUCGGCCUACGAGCCCCAGGGCAGCCCCCGCUUCUCCACAGCAGUGGCGGUGGAGCUCGGGGAGCCGGCGCCCGACGGCGAUGGCCCGCCCGCCUUCGGCCGGACGGCGUCGCCCUACCCGGGCGAGGCCUUCCGCUUCCCCAGCCUGGGGCCGCCCCCGCCAUCCCCACCGCCCCCUCCACCUCAGGCCCCGGCCACCCAGCCGCUGCGCCCUGAAAGUCGGAACACCCUCCUCCCACGGGAAGAGCCGCCCAGCUGCUGGCGACCCCUGAGCGUCGAGGACGCUGGCGCCUACCCUUACCCAGGCCCCGGCCGCCUCUCUCCCUGCAGCUUCUCGGAGCCUUACUACGGCCCCAGUGAGGCCGGGGAGGGCCGCGGCGGGCCUGGCUUCGCGGGCUAUGGAGCGGACAGCUUCUCCGACGGGGAGGACCUGCCCCACGGGCACCUGCUGGACUCCCGCUUCCUCAGGGCCGGUGGCGACCCGGCCUGCACCUCCCGUGGCUCGCCCGACCGGCUAUCUGCCUACCUUCCCCCGGACCCCCGAGCCCCUAAUGGCGAGCGGCUCUCAGCCCGGCUGGGCGGCGGCAGCCCCGGCCCCGAGGACGGCUCAGGCCCGAAGAGGGACUACGUGGAUGGCAGCCGCAGCAGUUCGGCUGAUUCCCUCCGCGCCAGCUCUGCAGAAGUGUCCCCAGAGAUGCGCCUGUCUCCCAGGGUCCAGAGCCCCCGGCCUUCGUCCUCCAGCCAGCGGCAGCAGCAGCAGUUCCAGCGGGCGGGGAGCGCCGGCCUCAGCCGCAAAGACAGCCUGACGAAAGCACAGUUGUACGGCACGCUCCUCAACUGAACCCCUUCCCGACGGUAAAGCACGGCUUCCGGAGGGGCGCCGAACCCCACGAUUCAAGCUCAAAAGAGCGGCGCGUUUUCUCCACGUCCCUGCGCCCCUCCACCCCCAGCCCCGGCCCAGGCAUCUGCUAGGCCACAGCAAACGGCGUUUUUCACAGCACCCCAACCGUUCCUCCUAAGAGAUGCACACCGCCCCCCCCGACCCCUGCAGUCCCUGUUUUAUAAAGCUGAAAUAUUUUUAUAAGGGAAAGUAGUAUUUAUUUAAGACGGGCUUUCGCCUCAGCCGAGCGGACCACGGUCUUUCUCCUGGGAGCCCUUCCUUUGGGGGCAAAGCCUCCCUUACUUUUUGGCGGGAGGCCCCUUUGCCAAACUCCUGGAGGGGAGGGUCGAGUGCCAUCGCUGCAGAGGGAAAAUGGGAAAACCAAUGGCCUCCCGGGAAUUCGGGGUCCAAAAGUGGGGAAUUUGGAGGGCGGGGGGGUGGAGUUCUAUUUUUAGACAGAAACCGAAAUGAGCCCUUGUUUCUAUCAUGAUUCUGUAUUUAGGAGUCCAAACCGAAUGCCCAAAGUGAGACCAAGAUUUUGUUCCUUUACUCCAUGGUGUUUCCGGUUUCCUAUUCUCCCCCGUGGUAUACUACCUCAAAAAUAAUUGAGGGUUUCUUUAUCACCUAUUUUCUGUAGGCUUGCGUUUAUAUCGUCGCCGAUGCAUGCACUGUCCUGGUUAGUACUGUAUUUUACAUUAAUUAAAGAAAGCAAUGGAAAUCUU